AUGGCUACUUCCGGCGAACAAUCGGCUGGCGGCGGGUCUGCGGCGAGGGCGUCGAAGCUGCGCUACCCGCUGCGGUCGGCGAGCAAGGGGAAGGCGGCGGUCAUUUCCCCGGCGGCGGAUGCGCCUCCCACCAUCUCUGCUCCGCGUCGGGCAAAACCAUCUUCAGAUGUCAGCAAGAGCAUGUGUUUAGACCUUUCUGUGAAGGAGAAAUCUGCCAAACCUCCACGGAGGCACUCAAUACAAACCAAGCCAGGAGCUAGCCCAAGGCCAACACCUUCUGGAACUGUCACCACUCCAGUGUCUAGGGGAUCGGACAGCCAGUGGAGGUUUGAUACUCCGACAUCAGAAGCGUCCAUGUCCAUGAGAAGGCGCAAGUUCAGCACACUUUCUUCAAUCUCGUACUGGAUGACACAGAUCAGGCUGGCAGAGGCUGCUUCCAAGCACUCAGUUUCUCUGGGCUUCUUUAAGCUUGCUCUUGAAUCAGAAUGUGAGCCUUUGGACCGGAUGAGGGAAGAACUCAAGUCCUAUGUAGCCCGCCAUGGCCUAGCGACAGAAUUGGAGGACCCUGUUAAGGACAUUCUUCAGGUUUAUGAUAUUGUGGAGGAUUUCGAGAAGCUGAAGAUCUCUGCAGAGCCCUCGCAGCAACCAAAAAAGUCUGACAAGGCUGCUCGUACUGCCACCAAUGUGUCACCCAAUGGUAACCUGAAGCCAAGGUCACUGAACUCUGAUGCUACUGAAAGUAAGGAAGCUGGAAAGAAAGAGAGCAUUCAGAAAGUGAAGCCUGAUGCAAAGGUCAGAAGCUCCUAUAACAGGAACCCAGUAAAAAACACCACUGCAAAGGAAGUCGUUGCCGAGAACACUGGUAAGAAAACCAAGAAAGAGGCCAAGGGUCAGCAGGAACUUAGCAAUGGAGGUAGCGAGGCUUUGUCAGCCCUUCCAGAUCAGGAAUCUGUUGAUGUUGUGAAGGAGAUCACCCAUGAAGAUAAAGAGAACAUGGGUGAUAUUGAAAUGGCAGUGGACGUUGCCAUAGCCCAAGAUGUCUAG